CGACAUACCGACACUGCUUACGAACGGAGAGUAGUAUCGCUUUGACUAUGACACAGAUUUAGAGUGAAAGAAGAUUAAUACAAGUUUUCUACAGUCAAGAUGUUUGCUCAGUUUGAAAGUGUCAACGGUCCUAUAACGCGGGAAUCCGCGAUCGAAAAUGAAGUACCGCUACCAUAUGUCGAUAAUGAUAUUGUCAUUACGGGAAUAUCAGGUCGUCUGCCUGAAUCAGCUAAUAUCGACGAAUUCAAAAAAAAUUUAAUGAGCGAAAUAGAUAUGGUGACGGAUGACGAGCGCCGUUGGCCAAGGGGCCUACAUGGGCUACCAGCCAGAUUUGCAAAAAUCAAGGACCUCAGCAGCUUUGAUGCAGCUUUUUUUGGAAUACAUCCCAAGCAGGCACAUGUAAUGGAUCCGCAGCUUCGUCUAUUGUUAGAAGCCACGUAUGAAGCGAUAAUUGACGCUGGCAUCAAUCCUACGACCGUGAGAGGAUCGCGUACCGGCGUUUUUGUUGGUAUUUCUUCCUCGGAAUCGGAUGAAUUCUGGAUGCGAGAUGCAGAGACCAUAAAUGGAUACAAUCUACUUGGCAGUUCCAGAUCUAUGUUUGCCAACAGAGUCUCAUAUUCAUUUGAUUUUACCGGACCAAGUUACUCGUUAGAUACCGCUUGUUCUUCAUCAUUAUACGCUACACAUAAUGCUGUAAAUGCAAUACGAGCUGGCGAAUGCGAUGCUGCAAUCGUGGGUGGACUGAAUCUCGUGCUAAAACCCAACUAUGCUUUACAAGCAUUAAAAUUAAACAUGCUGUCUCAGGAUGGCAAAUGCAAAACGUUCGACGUUUCAGCUAACGGUUACGUGAAAGCAGAGGCUGUUGUAGCGAUAUAUUUGCAGAAAGCAAAAGAUGCACGUCGAGUGUACGCAACGGUGAUUCGAACGAAAACAAAUACCGACGGCUACAAAUCCCAGGGUAUUACGUAUCCCAAUGAUGAAAUGCAGAAUCAAUUGUUGCGUGACAUCUAUACCGAGGCAGGAAUUAAUCCCGCGGACGUGAGUUACGUGGAGGCUCACGGUACCGGUACAAAAGUAGGAGACAAAGUGGAGGUAACUGCUAUCGAGAAACUGUUUUGCAAAGACCGGAAGACUCCUUUGCUAAUUGGCUCAGUCAAAUCCAAUAUGGGUCACUCUGAACCGGCCAGUGGAUUAUGCUCUAUCGCCAAAGUACUAAUCGCGAUGGAAGCAGGCGUGAUACCCGGCAAUUUGCAUUUUAAUACUCCGAAUCCAGACAUUCCAGCCUUGAAAGAGGGACGCAUUCGAGUAGUCGACAAGGCCACACCGUGGAACGGUGGUUUCAUAGGUAUUAAUUCAAUUGGCUUCGGUGGCACAAACGCGCAUAUCAUUCUCCGCAACAAUCCAAAACCAAAACCAUCACUGUUAUUGCGCAUCGCCGAAUCGUUGCCGAAAUUGGUUGCUGUAUCAGGUCGAACAAAGGAAGCGGUGCACGUCUUACUGGAUAAAGCAAAAGAGCAUCGUAAUGACGAUGAGUUUCUCUCAUUGUUAAGAAUGAUUCAUAAUACUAAUAUUUCCGGCCAUGAGAUUCGCGGCUACGAGAUACUUAACAUCGAUGGUACACGUGAAAUGACUGAAAUAACAAGCUCUCAAGAGCGACGUCCAAUUUGGUUUGUAUUUUCUGGUAUGGGCACGCAAUGGGCGGGCAUGGGCCAUCAAUUGUUUGGCAUUGAAAUUUUUCAACGUAGUUUGCGACGAUGCGCGGACGCGUUGGCACCCCAUGGCAUCGACCUCAUGAAUAUCAUCACGAACGCCACGGACGAGACGUUCGAGAAUGUACUAAAUUCUUUCGUGACUAUCACGUCUAUGCAGGUUGCUUUCGUGGAUAUUUUAACGUCGAUAGAUAUAUCGCCGGACGGUAUAAUCGGACACUCCAUUGGAGAAUUGGGUUGUGCUUAUGCUGACGGUGCGUUUACACUAGAGCAAACUGUUUUAGCGGCUUACUCUAGAGGCAAGGCGAUUAUGGAGUCCAAGUUGGAACCGGGCGUUAUGGCGGCAGUUGGUUUGAGUUGGGAGGAGAUCAAAAAAAUGUGCCCACCCGAUAUCGUUCCAGCUUGUCACAACGCCGCGGACUCGAUCACUAUUUCCGGUCCGCCUGAGUCUAUGCGAAAAUUUGCAGAAACGCUCAAGAGCAAAGAUAUCUUCGUAAAGAUGGUGAAAAGUUCCGGCUACGCCUUUCACAGCAAAUACAUCGCCUCAGCCGGGCCUAAGCUACGCGCUUCGCUCGACAAUAUCAUCCCGAAUCCAAAGCAAAGAUCAGCCAGAUGGAUUUCCAGUUCCAUACCCGAGUUUGCAUGGAGCAGUCCGCUGGCGCAAUCUAGCUCGUCUGCGUAUCACGUAAAUAAUUUACUCUCUCCUGUGCUCUUCCACGAAGCGAUCGCGCAUAUUCCAGAGAACGCGAUAACAAUCGAAAUUGCACCACAUUGUUUGCUACAGGCAAUUUUACGGAGAUCGUUACCACCAACGGUGACAAAUAUCAGCCUUCAUAAACGGGAUCAUUCGAACAACCUGGUCUUUUUGUUGUCUAAUGUGGGUAAACUGUAUAAUGCUGGUGCCCAACCUAAUAUUUUCAAAUUAUAUCCGUCGAUAAGUUUUCCGGUCGGUCGAGGAACACCAAUGAUCGGGCCUCUAGUCAAAUGGGAUCAUACCACCGCGUGGGAUGUGGCUUCUUUCAAUCAGAUAUCGAACCUCUCGGGAGAGUGUAUCGUUAAGAUAGAUCUAUCGAAAGAAACGGACGCGUAUCUAGCUGGACAUCAGAUAGACGGACGAGUCCUUUUCCCAGCCACUGGCUAUAUUCUGUUAGUAUGGAAAACUUUGGCGAAACUGCGUGGCACCGAUUUUGAAAGAUUGCCGGUGGUAUUCAAGAACGUGCACUUUCAGCGAGCAAUUGUUAUGCCAAAAGAGGGAAUGAUGAAAUUCUCGAUAACCAUCUUCGAGGGAACGGGCGACUUUGAAAUCUGUGAAGCCGGUACAAUCGUCGUCAGUGGAAAUGUCCACGCGUCCAAGGCUAUCGAGAAAGAUCAACUGAAGCUGCCGCCACCACCAAUACCGCCUACCGACAACGAGAUUUUGCCAUUGAACGCCAAAGACAUUUAUAAGGAAUUGAAGUUGCGCGGGUACGAGUAUCGUGAUAUCUUUCAAGGAAUCAAAUCUUGCGAUAACUACGGCGUUGCUGGUCAAUUGUACUGGUUCAAUCAAUGGAUUCCGUACAUAGACACUAUGAUUCAGUUCAGCAUAAUGUCCACUAGCCAUAGACUAAUGUAUUUACCGACGCGUCUCCAAUACGCCGCGAUCGAUCCUAUUCUUCAUAAACGACUGGUGGAAGAAUUACCAGAAAAUGGUGGAUUACCGGUGUAUCACUAUAAGGACAUCGAUAUUGUUAAAUCGGGUGGUAUCGAGCUCAGAGGAUUAAAAUCUUCUUUGGCACCUCGACGACAGCAGACUCAAGCCGAUCCUAAAUAUGAACAAUACACUUUCGUGCCCUAUGAAAAUUCGCAAAAUCUAGUAAAGGAUCCAAAGAGAGGAAAAAUACACGCACUCACUGUUCUUUUGCAAAUUAUAUGUGAGAACACGAUGGCGUUAAAACUGAAAAUCAUGGAGAUUGCGGGCGAACGAGCUGCGGAAGCUCUUUUGGCGCCGCUUAUAUUUGACAUUUUUAAUGGUGAACUAGGCUCGCCUAUCAUUGAUUUACAAGUAAUCGCAGUUUCUGUCGACAAUUACAUAGAGAGUUUGAGUCAAAUGAACGUGAAUGCAAACGUCGUAACGCGAGACGUGAAGUCUGCACCUCUCGCUCAGGAUAUGCACCUCGUCAUAGCAGCGGAUAUUUUGUCGAAUCAGUCUGAUAUUAUUCUUAAAAAUUUGGUCGCUAGUUUAAAACCUGGUGGUUUCAUUCUUCUGCAGGAGACCGCUGUACAACUGGAUUUGAAGAUCGCGUUGAAGGAAACUAAUUUAACGUUGGCCGGAAAACAAAUCGAUCCGGUAGGAAAAACAUACUUGCUGCUAAAGAUACGGGAAGAAAGGAAAGAACCGAUGGUCAUACAAAUCACAGAGAACAAUCUCUCGUGGCUGGAGGAUGUAAAAACAGCAUUGAAGAAAUCUGAUAGCGAGGAUCAAGAAGUGCUCCUUGUAUCCCAGGGCGAAGAAACGCUUGGCUUAGUCGGACUUAUGACUUGCAUACGGCGCGAGACAGGUGGUGCACAUGCGCGCUAUGUCUUCAUCCAAGACACGGAAGCUCCCAAGUUUGGCUUAUCCGUACGGUUUUACGUAGAACAAUUAAACAAAGGAUUGAUGGCCAAUGUGCUAAAAGGAGGACAAUGGGGCAGUUAUCGACACGUACAAUUAGAUGUAACUUUUAAACAGAUACAUCAUGUUUAUGCAAAUACGUUGAGGAGAGGAGACCUUAGCAGCUUGAAGUGGAUCGAAGGCCCACUUAAUUAUUAUCGAAAAUUUCCUAAUAAGAAACUUUGCGACGUAUAUUAUUCUUCAUUAAACUUCAGGGACAUCAUGUUGGCGAGUGGUAAACUAUCACCAGACAUCUUGCCACGAAAUAUGGCUACGAAAGAGUCCGUAUUAGGAUUCGAAUUCUCUGGGAGAGACGCUGACGGUCGUCGCGUGAUGGGCAUAGUUGAAGCUAAAGGAUUAGCCACCACUGUGGUAGUGGAUAUUAAUUUUCUUUGGGAGGUACCCGACAAGUGGACCUUGGAACAAGCCGCAACGAUACCGGUUGCUUACGCGACUAGUUAUUAUGCUCUAUUUAUACGGGGUCGAUUAGAAGCAGGCGAAAGCGUAUUAAUCCACGCUGGUACAGGCGGCGUCGGUCAAGCAGCGAUUUCCAUUGCUUUGCAUGCUGGUUGUAAUGUUUUCACUACCGUGGGUACGCCAGAAAAAAAAGAAUAUCUCAAGAAAGUCUUCCCGCAGUUGAAUGACAGGCACAUUGGCAAUUCUCGAGAUACGAGUUUUGAACAGUUGAUAAGCGUCGAGACACAAGGACGUGGAGUCGACGUUGUACUGAAUUCACUGGCAGAAGAGAAACUGCAAGCCGGCAUUCGAUGCCUCGCGUAUGGUGGCCGUUUCAUUGAAAUCGGCAAGUAUGAUUUGUCGAAUGACAGCCGUAUAGGAAUGUCAAUGUUUUUGAAAAAUAUAUCUUUCCAUGGUGUUUUGUUGGAUAUAUUAUUCGGAGAAGAUGUUGACGAAAAAGAAAGCGCGAUAAAAAAAAUACUGGUAAAACUCGUUUCGGAGGGAAUCGAGAAUGGCGCAGUACGUCCGCUCGACUCAACUGUCUUUUCAGAACAACAGCUUGAGCAGGGAUUCAGAUUUAUGGCGACGGGCAAUCACAUUGGCAAAGUGCUACUGAAAAUCCGUGAUGAGGAACCGAAGAAGCGCGUACCAAUGCCGAAGACAAUAGCCGCGAUUCGGCGUACUUACUUAAAUCCGGAAAAAUCAUACGUCUUGGUCGGCGGUCUCGGUGGAUUCGGUCUAGAACUGGCCGAUUGGAUGAUCAGCCGCGGCGCCAAAUUCAUCGUUCUCGUAUCGCGCUCAGGCAUACGCACCGGUUAUCAAGCAUUACAUGUGCGUCGCUGGCGCGAAAACGGCGUAAAAAUCGUUAUUUUCACGGAAAAUGUUACGAUAUUAUCCGGUGCCAAACGCUUGAUCCAAGAAAGCAAUCAGUUGGCUCCUGUUGGCGGCAUAUUUAAUUUGGCAGCCGUCCUACGUGACGCUCUCAUCGAAAACCUGGAAGAAGCCGAUUUCAAAACGAUUAUAUUACCAAAAAUCAAUAUUACAAGAAAUUUAGACGCGGUAUCGAGAAAGUUCUGCCUAUCGCUAGAUUAUUUUGUGGUAUUUUCGUCUCUAUCGAGUGGUCGCGGUAAUAUGGGUCAAACCAACUACGGUUUCGCAAACUCGGCCAUGGAGAGAAUGAUGGAAAAGAGGCAGGCUAAUGGCUUACCUGGUCUCGCCAUCCAAUGGGGUGCCAUCGGAGACGUUGGCUUAAUCAUGGAAAUGAUGGGAGGUAACGACGCCGAGGUGAGCGGUAGUAUACCGCAACAAAUAUCGAGUUGUCUCGCAACGAUGGAUAUAUUCCUUCAACAACCGCAUCCGGUGCUGGCUUCUUCGGUAUUAGCUAAAAAAUAUAAAUCCGACAAUGGCAACAAGACCAAUCUUAUCGCAAUCGUUACCAAUAUCUUAGGCAUUAAAGAUGUUGAUUCGAUUAAUCCCAAUAAUACCUUGGCCGACUUGGGUAUGGAUUCGUUAAUGGGCACGGAGAUAAAACAGAUUCUUGAAAGAAAUUACGAUAUCGCAUUAUCGGCGCAAAAGAUUCGUGCCUUAACCAUCGGUACAUUGCAAGAAUUAUCUAAUUGAUAGCAAUAGUUUAGAGUAGUGAUAUGCAGCAUCUUGUAAACUGAAAGCUAUUUUUAGAAAUAAGCAAAGUUUUGAGGGUCGCAUAAACACACGCGAGCGCGCACACAUGUAUGUAAAAGAAACAAUCAGUUCGUAAAAUUAUAAUUUCUUAAUUAUUGUAAUCGGUGGGUAGUUCGUAUCAAAUAUUAGUUACAUAUAGAUAGUAAUAGAUAGUUAGUACAUCUAUUACUAUCAAUUAGAUACUAACUUGUAAAAUAAUAUAAUAAAAUAACAAAAAUCUAUGGAAAAUGUACUGGUUCAGUAUUAAUAUUCGACAUACUUUUUGUCAAUUUUUGUAUGAUAUGUUAUUGAAAAUCUUAUCGGUAAUAUGCUGAAUCAAUACUACUAUUCUGUACUAAUCUACAUAAUUCGUUUGUUUUCUGUUUCUGAACUCUCUGACUUAGUGUACACUUAAAAUGAAAUAGAUAGAUGUUUGAAAGUUGGCGAAAGUAAGAAGGAACGUUCCAGUGCAAUGUAGUGCAGGAAUAGAAAACAAGCCUAAUGGGCUAGUAUGUACAAUACCAUUAAUUUUUUAAUGAUGGUCCAAUAGAAGGCCAGUACUGAAAUAUGAAUCUUAUUUUUUGGUGCGGAAUCGCUAUCUCGUCAGUAUGCAAUACUGAUUCGAUGUAUUUUAUUCCUACUUGGGUAUAUAACAUAAUAUGCAUAAAAUUAGAAAAUAUUUAUGAAAUUUUAAGUUUCCUGAGUACUCGUCGCGGCUGUAUAGAAGUCUACGGAAAAAAUUUAGUACCAUUUUUUUGACAAUUUUUUUCAAUAGUUCUCCCCUAGGGGAGUAAAACCCCUGAGCCAACUAAUUUUCUGCAGUUUUAUUUAGCCUGAGUAAUUCAAAAUAGUUAAAAAAUAAUUUUGGAUUUUGACCCGGUCAAGUGUGUAUUCUUAUGUAUCUCGACGAGCCCCGCAAAAAAGGUUAUUUGACUUUUCCUCGUAUGUCUCACCGUUUGGCCGAUAGAGGGCGUUAUUUGUUUUUUUUAAUUUUUUUAAUUAUUUUAUAAUUAUUUCUCGUAGUACUCGAUCCCUAUAAAAAAGUUCUCUUGCGAUUUUUUGAUAUCUCGCAUCGUUUGGGUUGUAAGACUCAAAAUAUACUUUUUGUGUUCCUUUUUUUGGUUACGGUUAAGGGGAUAUAUUCAGUACUCUGUCUUUUACAAUUUUUUCUUAUAGUUCUCCCCUAGGGGAGUAAAACCCCAAAGCCAAUUAAUUUUCUACACUUUUAUUUAGUCUGAGUAAAUCAAAAUAGUUUUUUUUUUUUAAACUUUGGAUUUUGACCCGGUCAAGUGUGUAUUCAUAUGUCUCUCGACAAGCCCUGCAAAAAAAGUUAUGUGACUUCUUCGUAUGUCUCACCGUUUGGCCGCUAGAGGAGUUGUUUUUUUUUAAUUGUUUCAUAAUUAUUUCUCGUAGUACUCGACAAUCCCGAUAAAAAAGGUCUCUUGCAAUUUUUCGAUCUCGCACCGUUUGGCCUGUACAGUUCGUUGCAUUGAUGCCUGGGGUACCGAUUUUAAGGACCACGUUUCUUUCUUAGUUAUUUUUACGUUCAUGACCAAAUGCUGCUGUCAACGAUCACCGCAGCAUUCAGUCAUGAACAUAAAAAUAAUCAAGAAAGAAACGUGGUCCCUAAAAUCGGUACCCCAGGCAUCAAUGCAACGCACUGUACAUUUGUAAAUACAGGGUGUUCAUUAAUGGUUGUCCCCAUGUUUUACCGUAGGAGUUGAAUUACCGACUUGCACUUGUAGUUCACUAAACGCUCCAUAGAUGUCAGAUGCUUGGUUACAGGUGUGGCGACCGGCGAGUUCCUUCUACGCUACCAAUAGUCUAUGGUUGAAGCCGGGUAAUGCCGAGCAGCGCUGCGUGAGCAUUCGCGCUCUGUUUGUCGACGAGUUACGUGUACACACACACAUCCCGCGUGUCACAUAGUCAGUGCGUCUUUAGAUAUAUUGUAUCAUUCUUGUAAUCUUUGCUGUAUCAAUAAUUAGCAGUAUUAAUAUAUUAUCAGUUCUGGUUAACAGUUACAA